AUGAUUGGGCAUUUGUUUGAUUCGGGAUUUGAACUGAAGAAUGCUACAUAUUGGUCCACCGAUUCCACUCCUAGUGGUUGCAUUGGGGCAAUCCAGAAGAGUGCCAUCAGGAUAAGGGAGUUCGCAAGGUUGGUGCGAAGAGCGUCAUUGGAUUUCUUUUUCACGUUGGGCGCCAAUGAAACGGCCGUCUACUUAUGGUGUUGUUAG